GAGUGUGUUACUGCUGUUCAUGCGUACAUUGAGUAACGUAAAAGAACAGCUAUCAUUUCAGCGUCUAUGGAGAGCAAGUACUCAGUUCUGAAAAAUGGCGGUGUUCUCUCCCUAGUGUAGCGGCUAGCUGGUUUCCUGGUCCCGGCUUCCCUGUUUGUGAUUGGGAUUAGCGUGUAGCAGCGAAGGACCUGGCUAAUAGAACCGAUUCAGAUGGAGCGUUCCGGUGAGGCAAGCUGCAUGUUAAAGUCAGAGACAUGCCACUCGAGUUGUGGUGGAAGGGAGACUUCCAAUUCUGGAAAGGCCGGUCGGCGUAAAACCAAAUCCAGGAGCAUGUCCACCUCAGCUGUGUUCAGCUGUGCAGAAUAUCGGCGAACCCAGUCACUGCAUGGACCAAGCCCUGUCACAACAUUUGGGCCAAAAGCUAGCAUGCUGAAAAACCCCAAAGCAGUGAUGCACAUUCAGGACCCAGCAAGUCAAAGGUUGACCUGGAACAAGCCGCCCAAAAGUGUCCUUGUAAUUAAAAAGAUCCAGGAUGUCAGUUUACUGCAGCCUUUUAAAGAGCUCUGCAUUUUUCUUACUGAGCAGAAAAAGAUGAUUGUUUACCUAGAGAGGAAAGUCCUGGAAGAUCCCGCGAUUGCUAACGAUGAGAGCUUUGUGGCUGUAAAAAAAAACUUUUGCACUUUUAGAGAAGAUUACGAUGACAUCUCCAAUCGGGUAGACUUUAUCAUUUGCCUGGGAGGCGAUGGAACAUUGCUGUAUGCUUCCUCGCUGUUUCAGGAAAGUGUUCCACCAGUCAUGCCCUUUCAUUUGGGCUCCCUUGGCUUUCUAACACCCUUCAGCUUUGACACCUAUCAAUCUCAGGUUACGCAGGUUAUUGAAGGCAACGCAGCCAUAAUCCUGCGAAGCAGACUCAAAGUAAAGGUGGCAAGAGAAUGCAAAGAUAAAGACCGAUCGAUGGAGAAAAAUGGGAUCAUUGCCAAUGGGGAUUCUGAGUCUGGCCAUAAAACUAUGCAAUAUCAAGUGCUAAAUGAAGUCGUUGUGGAUCGAGGUCCCUCUUCCUACCUCUCUAACGUUGACCUUUUUCUGGAUGGACACCUGAUCACCACCGUUCAAGGGGAUGGAGUGAUUGUGUCCACUCCAACUGGCAGUACCGCAUACGCAGUGGCAGCAGGGGCCUCUAUGAUCCACCCUAAUGUUCCCGCCAUUAUGAUCACCCCCAUCUGCCCUCAUUCACUGUCUUUCAGACCCAUUGUAGUUCCUGCUGGUGUCGAACUUAAGAUUAUGUUGUCCCCUGAGGCUAGAAGUAAUGCCUGGGUUUCCUUUGAUGGAAGGAAACGGCAAGAGAUUGGACGUGGCGAUAGCAUCACAAUCACUACUUCAUGCUUCCCUGUUCCAUGUAUCUGUUUCCGGGACCCAGUAAAUGACUGGUUUGAGAGCCUGGCUCAGUGUUUACACUGGAACGUGCGCAAGAAGCAGAGUCACUUGAAUUUGGAGGAAGAAGAGUACUAAAGCUAAACCUUGCCAUGAAGCACUUACUUUGAUUUUUUUUCAGGCCUCUCUGGGACCAUUUAUCCUAACUUUGAUGACAGGCUUUUGUGAAGCUUUUUCAGUAAUCUUUUGUGCUUUCUAUGUAACAAUCUUUUUUUAAUCUAAUUUGUAGAAUGUUAAGGACUUUUGACAGUCAUAAGCUGCCAGUAAGUCAGGAGUCAUAGUGGGGUUUUAUGAUUGGACAGCAUGAUGGGUCCAAAAAGAAAUGGCAGGUAAAGUCAACUCAUGCACAGAGCAAUAACCAAUAUUAAUUGUGCCUUAACACAGGUGUGAGUAAGAAUGUCUUAUAUUUGUCUUGAAGGUACAGAUAUUCUGUAAAUGUGUGAAAGGAACUUUGGGGUGGGGUGGGGGGGGGGGCAGCCCAUCUACACAUUUGUUUUAGUCUGAAGUGGUAAAACUGUUUCCUUUUGAAAGUCUUACAGGUAGACAGCUGAAAUUCAAUAUCUGAUUCCCAGUAUUACAGCUGUUCCAUUCCAGGUCUAUGAGGAUAAUGUUUUUUGUUGCUGUAGUUUUUUUUUUAUUAUUAUUUGAUCAGAGUUUAACAAGAUAAUGAGCAAUAUUUUAUUAAGAAUCAUAUAUCUUAAUGGCUUUAUCCAUUCCAUCAAAUAUGUAUGUAAUCUAAUUUAUAUAUUUUCGUGAGUUAUAGUUAGCUAUUUAAAGUGUCCUUCAACUGAUGAACUUUUCAUGCGUCAUGCCUAUCCACAGGAUGAAGACUUAUCAAAGGGACAAAUUUCAUGUUACUACUUUUUUUGGGAUCACGUGCACUUUGUCUGGUUUACCACUACAGAAAAAGAAAACUUUUACAGGUAAUUUUAGCCAUGAAAACUUGUGGAACAAGAAAAUGACAACUAUGUUUACACUUAGCUGAAUAAUGAAAUAUUGUGUGAAUAUUUUGGGUUUAGGUUUUUUUUUCUUCUUUUUUUUUUACUCAGUGUUUAGACCAGUCUUUCUCAGCCGUGGUGCCAUCAAAAAUAUUCUGACAUUAAUUCCAAAAAUCAAUAUUUACACAAUUUUGUAGUCUCAUACAUGGGCAACAUAUUUUGCAUGCCCUUUCUUAAUGUGAUAUUUUCAUAUCACAAUAUCAGCACUGGGGUCAGUCUAUGACUAAGUAAAGCCAGUUGUAAAUAGCCAAAAAAAAAAAAAAAAAAUUUCCCCAAAACCACACGAUGAGUGUUUUAUGAA